AUGAAGCUUCAAGUUUCUUCUGCUGCUUCUUUGCUUUUGUUCCUUCUUCCGUUAUCCGAUGCAUUCCCUGCACGUCGAGCAGAUGAAUCAGCGAGCAAUCCUGGUCUAAAAGGAUCGAAGACGCUGAUCGGAUACUCGCCUUCCGAGAAGGUUGGUAGCACAACGACGCCCGAUAUCAAAUACAGCCUCCUCCCUGGACAAACCAAUGAUCCUAAAAUCGGCACUUGGCUCGACUUUUCGAAGGUCGAUAACCCACAGCCAAUUAGGGGGGACACAGGAGGAGAUGAUCCCGGUCCAAGGAACUUGAAUUACGAUAGGAUUCACAGUGACAAGCUUGCACCUCCUGGAACAGACCACGGAGCAACCAUCAAUGCACAAUGGCCCAUGGGUCUCAGUCAUAAUAGGCUUGGAAUCGACAAUGCUGGCUGGGCCCGCCAAGAGAAUACUGUCGUGAUGCCAGCUGCUACCGAGAUGGCUGGUGUCGAUAUGCGACUGGAGCCAGCUGCAUAUCGAGAACUCCAUUGGCACGUCGCUAGUGAAUGGUCCCUUAUUCUGAAUGGGUCUUGUCGGAUCCAGGCUGUAAAUGAAAAUGGUGAGACUUUUGUCGAUGACCUUACUGCGGGAGAUGUUUGGUUCUUCCCACCUGGUAUCCCUCAUUCAAUUCAAGCCUUGGAUGAUGGGGUCGAAUUCCUCCUUGUCUUUGACGAUGGGGACUUCAAUGAAGACAAUACCUUCCUCGCCACCGAGGUCUUUCUUCAUAGUCCAAAAGAGGUCCUGGCCAAGAACCUCGGAGUCGCAAUCGCUGAUUUUGACAAUAUCCCUGAUGAUGAGCUUUAUAUUUUCAAGGGCACACCGGCACCCAAGGACAUCGAGGAUCAAAACGUGACCACCUCUUCUGGCGUUGUACCUCGAACCCAAAGCUACUCAUACCACUUUUCCGAACAAAAAGCUCAUGAGGUUGCCGGAGGCUCUGUGAAAAUUGUGGAUCCAUCAACCUUCCCCAUCGCCAGCAACUUCUCCGCCGCGGUCGUGACUGUUCACCCCGGCGGUAUGCGUGAGAUCCACUGGCACCCGUCCAGCGACGAAUGGACCUUCUUUAUUAAAGGACAGGGUCGUGCAACGCUCUUCACUGCCCCAGAAGCUGCAAACACCUUUGACUUCAUGGCAGGUGAUGUUGGGUAUUUCCCCCAGUCAAAUAGUCACUAUAUCGAAAACACUGGCGAUGAGGAUCUGGUAUUCCUUGAAGUUUUGCAGGCGUCGGAAUUCACAGAUGUCGCUCUCGGCCAAUGGAUUGCAUCCACUCCCAAGCAAAUUAUUUCUGACACUCUGAAAUUGAGUGACAGUACACUAAGCAAGUUGAAGACCGAGAAGCAAUAUGUCGUUGCUGGCCCGACUAGUGAUAAAUGA